CAGUCCUCUGCCACAGUCUCUUUGAUUGCGUCUUCCUCACACGAGCAAUCACCUGCUCGGUGUCCCGUUAGAUUCUUUGCUUCUCGGGUUGGGUUGAAGUAGAAAGUCCCAUCUAGGAGGACCAAUUGCAAUUCUUGGACCACUGCAAGAGAGUUGAGUUGCGUUUAGUUGAGUUCGUCCUAACUCAGGUGAUAGGAAUGGCUUUCGUUCCAGCGGGGUUGGGUAAGGGCACUAACGGUAUGACGGAGUUCCAGGAGAAGAUGCGGCAGCAGCUGGAGAGCUCCAUGCACGCCGAGCUGGACAAGCUGGUCACCACCGGCACGGGCAACGACGCUAAGAUUGCCCAGAAGGACUUCGAGGGCUUCAAGAAGCUCUUCCACAGGUUCCUGCAGGUGAAGGGCCCCUCAGUGGACUGGGCCAAGAUCCACAGGCCCCCAGAGGAAUCCAUCCAGCCGUAUGACAAGAUCUCCGCCAAGGGGCUCCCGGAGGGCAUCCCCGAGAGGGAGGCCCUCAACAAGCUGGCCGUGGUCAAGCUCAACGGAGGCCUGGGCACCAGCAUGGGCUGCAAGGGCCCCAAGAGUCUCAUCAGCGUCCGCAACGAGAACACCUUCCUGGACCUCACCGUGCAGCAGAUCGAGCACCUGAAUAAGACCUAUGACGCAGACGUGCCCUUGGUCCUCAUGAACUCCUUCAACACGGACGAGGACACCAAGAAGAUCCUGCAGAAGUACACCCACCACCGCGUCAAGAUCCACACCUUCAACCAGAGCAGGUAUCCGCGCAUCAACAAAGAGUCACUGUUGCCCGUGGCGACCAACCUGGGCCUGACUGGCGAGAACGCGGAGGCCUGGUACCCGCCGGGUCACGGCGACAUCUACGCCAGCUUCCACAACUCGGGCCUGCUGGACCAGCUCAUCGCCCAGGGCAAGGAGUACAUCUUCGUGUCCAACAUCGACAAUCUGGGCGCCACUGUGGACCUGCACAUCCUCAACCACCUCAUCAGCCAGCCCGCCGACCGCCGCUGCGAGUUCGUCAUGGAGGUCACGGACAAGACCCGCGCUGACGUCAAGGGUGGUACGCUCACUCAGUACGAUGGCAAGCUGCGUCUGCUCGAGAUCGCCCAGGUGCCCAAGGCCCACGUGGACGAGUUUAAGUCCGUCACCAAGUUCAAGAUCUUCAACACCAACAACCUGUGGAUCUCCCUGCCCGCCAUCAAGCGGCUGCAGGACAAAAAUGCCCUGGACAUGGAGAUCAUUGUCAACCCCAAGACACUGGAUGGCGGUCUGAACGUGAUCCAGCUGGAGACGGCGGUGGGCGCCGCCAUCAAGAGCUUCGACAACGCGCUGGGCAUCAACGUGCCGCGCAGUCGCUUCCUGCCGGUCAAGACCACCUCUGACCUGCUGCUGGUCAUGUCCAACCUGUACAGCCUGGACGCUGGCUCGCUCACCAUGAGCCCCAAGCGCGAGUUCCGCACCACGCCGCACGUCAAGCUGGGCAGCUCCUUCACCAAGGUCCAAGACUACCUGAAGAGAUUUGAGAGUAUACCAGACAUGCUGGAGCUGGAUCACUUAACAGUGUCAGGAGACGUUACAUUUGGAAAACAAGUCGCCCUCAAGGGCACUGUCAUCAUUAUUGCUAAUCACGGAGAUCGGAUUGAUAUCCCUGCCGGAGCGAUGCUGGAGAACAAGAUCGUAUCCGGAAACCUGCGCAUCCUCGACCACUGAGGUCGCAGCGACGACGACAAGAAACCAACCAAACAAGCAAACAUCACAACAACAAAACAAUUAAACCGCACAGACACACAGUUCUACGAUCAUAAUGACCCUAAAACACCCAGAUACCACCUCCCCCUGUGUGUGUGUCUACCUUUGGAGGAAAGGACAUUGUUUGAUGUUUAUCCAUCCGUGUCUUUGUGUCAUCUUGGCCCGUCUCUUUCAACGUCCCAAAAAAUCCGUUAGACAAUCAUGCUGCCCUUAUGUGGAAUGUCUUAGAAAUGUGCAGGGUGUAACCCUCUUCCUUCCCCCCCCCCCCCCCCCCCCCAUAUGAAUGAACAAGACUACCUCUGAACACUCGCAUGGGUGCAUGCUCCCUUUUAGAACUUGAGACGAUGUGUGACCCAGGAAGUGAAUGAGUGUAUGAAAGAAUGGACGAACGAAAGAAUAAAAGUGCAACCUCCACUGUUACACCUAUAUAAGGGAGCGUGACCCAGGAAGUGUAUAAGUGAAUAAAUGGCCGAGGGUGUGACCUCUGCUGUCCCAGACUCCAUCCCUGACGUACUGACUGUAUUCGUCUAAGCUCGAUCUAUGCUCAGUUCUGUUGUUACAAGGCUUCCCAGCAAUGCCCACUGGUGCCUGAGUUCAUUGUGACAUCAAUAAAGGUGCAAUACAUGGACUCAACAUGC